AUGAAUGCUGACAAAACAGGACCAUCUUCAGCAGUUCUGUACACCUGCAAUGGCCAACAGCAUUCCUGCCAAGCUUACCUGUUCUUCAGAUCUCUGCCUCCUUAUAAUUCAGCCAUUUCCAUCUCUAACCUUACAUCUUCACCUCUCCCGGAGCUUUCUCGCAUCAACAACGUCUCGAGUUCUGAGAUCUUCCCUCUGAAUUCUGAAUUCAUUGUUCCAGUGAAUUGUUCGUGUUCAGGUAAAUAUUAUCAGGCUAACACUUCUUACACUAUCCAGAAUAUAGACCAAUCUUAUUACACCAUUGCGAACGAGACAUUUGAAGGCCUUUCUACUUGUGAUGCACUAAUGCAACAGAAUCCAUACGAUGAAUAUCACUUAAAACCCGGUUUUGAAUUGCUGGUACCGCUCAGAUGUGCAUGUCCUAACAGAGAGCAGACCUCGGAAGGGGUCAAGUUUCUUCUGACAUACGUGACUAAUGAGUUCGACGACAUUCAUGAAAUGAGUACUAGGUUCAAUGUGAGUACUUCAAGUGUAAUUUACGCCAAUGGAUUCGCCGACGAGGAUUCCGUUGUUUAUCCUUUUACAACCGUUCUGAUUCCUCUUCAGAACAGUCCUGCUAAAUCCCAACUUAUAGACCCCCCUCCACCACCGCCACCGCCAUCUUCAGGGGAGGCGACUCCGGUUUCGAUUGUACCUUCUCCAAAUAGUAGCAGUUCAAAAAAGACCUGGAUUUAUGCUGUUGCUGGAACUGUUGGAGGGAUUUCUCUGAAAGAGAAGGAAGAAAAUGAUUCGGCAGUUGUUUCAGAGAGAUAUGAAUCUGUUGAGCGUCCACUCACGGAGCAAAGGGCUGAAGAUUUAUCUUUACUGAGUUUCUGGGAGAGCAUACCCAAUAUAGCUCAAUCCCUUGAGAUAUACAGAUAUGAAGAACUUCAACUAGCAACAGACAACUUUAGUCCUGAUUGUUUGAUUGGUGGAUCGGUAUACCGUGGCACAUUGAAAGGAGAUUUCGCUGCUAUCAAGAAAGUGAUUGGAGAUGUGGCUCAGGAAAUCAAUCUACUUAACAAUAUCAGACAUUUAAAUCUCAUCAGGCUUGUAGGUAUUGGUGUCUAUGAUGAGUGUCGGUAUCUUGUUUUCGAGUAUGCUGAGAAAGGAGCAUUGAGUGAUUGGAUUUAUGAUGCCGAAGAGGGUCAUUUCGCUUUGACUAGGCAUAUUAUCGGGACUAAAGGUUACAUGGCACCAGAGUAUUUGGAGAAUGGUUUGGUAUCUCCGAAGCUAGAUGUUUACUCAUUUGGAAUUCUGCUAUUGGAGAUGCUAACUGGGAAAGAAGCUGCUGUGAAUGUGCACUUGGCUGACAGUAUAGUUCCUGUGAUCAAGGAGAAAGAUGGGAAUCAAAUGCUGAGGGAUUUCAUGGAUGCUUCUCUUGAUGGAAAUUAUCCUCCUGAGCUCGCAAUUUUGCUCGUCGAAUUGAUUGAUAAAUGUCUGAAGAAAGAUCCAUCAGUCCGUCCUGAUAUGCAUGAGAUUGUUCAGACUUUUUCCGCGAUUCUAAAUGACACAAUAUCCUGGGAAUCAAAUUAA